AUGGCUUACGUCGUACCCAUUCAUCGGGCGAGCAGCAUUCGUCAUGCAGUGAGGCUGAACUUCUUCGCUCCGGAGGAGGAGUGCCUGGUCGCAGCCAAAGCCAGCCGUCUCGAGUUCUACACACUUACCCCGGAUGGGAUCGUCCUCACCACGACUCGUGCUCUGAACGCGCGGGUCACUAUGCUCGCGCGGCUACCGGCACCAACAAAUUCACCAACAGACCACCUGUUCGUCGGCACAGACCAAUACAAUUAUUUUACGAUAACAUGGGAUCGCGAAUCAAACGAAAUCAAAACAGCGCGCACCUGCGUGGACAUCGCUGAGCCCUCGUCCCGGGAAUCUCAAUGCGCACCACGAUGCCUGAUUGAUCCCACAGGCCGGUUUAUGACGCUGGAAGUAUAUGAGGGUGUCAUAGUUGUUGUUCCGAUCGUACAACCGACGAAGAAACGAGGACGGAUGUCGAUGGCUGGUUCUCAGGCUGACCAGGCCCUGCAGGUGGGAGAGCUUGAUAAGCCGACUACAUCCCGCAUUGAUGAGCUUUUCGUUCGAUCCUCGGCAUUCUUACAUUCGGAGUCUAAUCCCUGGCUGGCACUACUUUACGAGGAUAACCAGCAGAAGGUGCGGCUUCGAAUCCGCGAGUUGGAUUUCACGCCGGGUACUUCGGGAACUACGGCAGAUGCUACUUUCAAGGAGGUGCAAAAGUUGGAAGGAGGUGAAUUCGGACAGGAGCUUGAUCUUGGAUCGUCGCAUCUUAUCCCCAUUCCAGCUCCGCUGGGCGGUCUUAUUGUGCUCGGAGAGACGUCGAUAAAGUAUAUCAACGAUAAUGCUAACGAUGUGAUUACGCGGAAUCUUGACGAGGCGACGGUCUUUGUGGCCUGGGAGAAGGUUGAUAGUCAGCGGUGGCUGUUGGCUGAUGACUACGGGAGGCUAUUCUUCUUGUCCUUCAUCUUGAACAACUUGGGCGAAAUCGAUGACUGGAAGCUCGAGUAUCUGGGCAAGACGGCUCGUGCAUCGGUGCUGGUCUAUCUCGGCGGAGGCAUGUUGUUUGUUGGAUCGCAUCACGGCGACUCACAGGUCCUCCGGCUCGAUGGAAGCUCGUUUGAGGUCAUCCAGACAUUGUCUAAUAUCGCACCAAUCCUCGACUUCACUAUUAUGGAUCUCGGGAACCGUACGAGUGAGAGCCAAACCCAUGAAUUCUCGUCCGGGCAGGCUCGAAUUGUGACAGGUUCUGGCGCCUUCGAUGACGGGACGUUACGAAGUGUGCGUAGUGGCGUUGGCAUGGAAGAGUUAGGUGUGCUUGGGGAAAUGGAGCAUAUCAAUGAUCUCUGGGGACUGCAAACUCGAAGCAACGGCGACUUCCUGGAUACCCUUAUUGUUACAUUUGUUGACGAAACGCGCGUGUUCCAGUUUAGCCCUGACGGCGAAGUUGAAGAGUUGGAUAACUUCCUGGGGCUUUCACUCACGGAAUGUACCCUUCUCGCCGCAAGACUCCAGGGUGGCCGUAUUCUUCAGGUCACAGAACAGCGAGUGCUGGUGGCCGAUCUAGAAAGCGGAAUGGUGACAUUUGAAUGGGCACCUCAGGAUCAGAAGCUGAUCACUGCAGUGUCGGCCAAUGAGGACCAUCUGGUUCUCGUUAUCAGUGGUCAAAUUGUGGCAUCCUUCGACAUUAGGGACAAUGUCCACAUGAUCACGCAGAAGGAUCUUGGCGCCGACCAGCAAAUAUCUGGGCUCACUGUCCCAUCAACGCCAGCGGGGGUUUUCAUUGCAGGGUUCCCACAGUCAGCCAAGGUGUCAAUCAUGGCUAUUAAGGACUUCGCUGUUCUCCAAACAAAAUCCCUAGGCCCAACUGGAGAGAGCUUCCCUCGAUCAGUUCUUGUAGCCGAGGUGAUCGCAGAUAGCGAGCCCACCCUGUUUAUCUCCAUGGCCGAUGGCUGCGUCAUUACAUUCUCACUAAACCCACAAGACUAUUCUCUAAGUAAGAUGAAUAAGCUCAUUCUUGGUUCCGAACAACCCACAUUCAAGAAACUCCCCAAGGGCGAUGGCCUAUACAACGUCUUUGCUACCUGCGAGAAUCCUAGCCUGAUCUAUGGCUCGGAGGGCCGGAUCAUCUACUCUGCAGUGAACUCCGAGGGUGCAUCACGGAUAUGCCAUUUGAAUGCAGAGGCAUACCCGGAUUCCAUUGCGGUGGCGACCGAGAAAGAGCUGAAGAUUGCUCUAGUUGACAAAGAGCGGACAACCCAAAUUCAAACGUUACCAAUGGGCUCGACUGUCCGUCGUGUGGCAUACUCCCCUUCAGAGAAGGCAUUUGGGAUUGGCACGAUUGAUCGUAAGCUCGAGAAUGGCGCCGAGGUUGUUAAGAGCCACUUUGUCCUCGCUGAUGAGAUCAUGUUCCGGCGUCUUGAUGCAUUACAAUUAGGUCCUGAUGAACUGGUGGAGAGUGUUGUUCGUGCUGAGCUCCCGGCAGGGAAGGAUCAAAACGGAAAAGAGACCAUGAAGGACCGAUUUGUUGUCGGCACGGCAUUUGCAGACGAAGAGCAGGAGGAAUCAAUCCGCGGGCGGAUCCUCAUUUUGGAAGUCGACCACGGCCGCAAGCUGAGCCAAGUUGCCGAGCUGCCAGUUCUGGGUGCCUGUCGUGCUCUCGCUAUGAUGGGCGAUUGUGUUGUUGCGGCGCUUGUUAAAACCGUGGUUGUGUAUAGAGUCAAAGUCAAUAAUGUUGGACCAAUGAAGCUCGAGAAGCUCGCUGCAUAUCGGACCUCCACCGCACCAGUCGACGUAACAGUCGUCGAUAACAUAAUUGCGGUGGCAGAUCUUAUGAAGAGCCUUUGCCUUGUUAGGUAUACGCCGGGCCACGCUGGGGAACCUGCCAAGCUGACCGAAGUCGGUCGUCAUUAUCAGACCGUUUGGAGCACGGCAAUUGCCUGUAUCGGAGACGAGACCUUCCUCCAGAGUGACGCUGAAGGGAACCUUAUCGUUCUCUCACGGAAUAUGAAUGGAGUCACCGCCCAGGACAAGCACAGGCUGAUCCCUACCAGCGAAAUUUCACUAGGGGAGAUGGUCAAUCGUAUCCGACCAGUUAAUAUAGCACAGCUUGCCAGCGUUACGGUGACACCGCGUGCGUUUAUGGCAACAGUUGAGGGUUCCAUCUUCCUCUUCGCCGUUAUCAACCCUGAACAUCAAGAUUUUCUCAUGACUCUGCAAACGGUCCUUUCCACCAAAGUCAAAUCAUUGGGUGACUUGUCGUUCGACAAGUUCCGCGGUUUUAGAACUAUGGUGCGCAGCGCUGAUGCGCCGUACCGGUUCGUCGAUGGCGAGCUUAUUGAGCAGUUCUUGAACUGCAGUCCAAGCAUGCAAGAGGAAAUUGUGCGGGAGAUUGGCUCCUCAGACGUCGAGGAGGUCAAGAGAAUGAUUGAGGCGUUGCGGAGACUUCACUGA